AUGGCCAGAGUUUACCAUCAGGCGAUAGCCAAAAAGUGCGGACUAAUAAAAAAAACAGUAAGACCGUUUGAAUACCGACCCAGUAACAUAUUAGAAAACGAGCACUACAAAUUAUACUGGGAUAAUUUUAUCACAACGGACCAGACAAUCAAACACAACCGACCCGACAUCCUGCUCCACAAUAAAAUAGAGAGAACGAUGGAAAUCCUGGACGUUGCUAUCCCGGCCGAUGACAACAUAGCUAAAGCUUUCACGGAAAAACUAACGAAGUAUCAGGACCUGGCAUUUGAGAUGAAGACAAUCUAUGGCCUCAAAUCAACAACCAUACUGCCACUAGUCAUGUCCACCAAUGGGCUAGUGGAGAAACACCUAGUUGACAACACCCUAAGACUAGAAGCCUCGGAACCCGCCCCUGGUGUUGGGAUCGCGCCUAGGGGAAGAUCUUCACGGUCCCUAGUAGAAUCGAGUGGAGCAAGUGGCACUCCUCUACGAACUGGCACCACAAGGCCAAGAAGAUUGUUCAGGAACUCUAGGGUUAAUGGCUUGGACACGUCUGAAAUAGGCGGUCUCGCUGGAACCCAGGAACAGAAAAGGCAGCAUUGGACAAGAGAAAUGAACCGCAGUCUGAUCAAUGCUUAUUAUUUGGUUACUGAAGGUGAAAAGAACACAAAGAAAUACGCCGAAAAACUGGCUGAACGAUGGGAGGAGAUCUAUCCCGACAAUAAGUUCACCGGAAAACACUUGAUAGCCCAAAUUCGGAACAUAAGAACCCGCAAGCUACUCUCACCGGCUGAGCUUGAGGCAAUGAAGGCCGCUGCUCAAAAUUCUCCAGUGAUGAGGAUAAAUAACAUACGAAGGAGCAUACAUAGAUUAAGCUUUCUCCCAGAACGGGACAGCACAGAUGAUGGGGUUGAUGGACUACAGCUAACGGUGGAGGCAGAGCCGGACGGGACUAUACGUGAGAUACGCGAAAUCUUCCAAGAGGAAUGCCUAAGGUGGGAUGGAAUCCAAAUGGCAGAUAGACAUCGAAUUCCUAAGAUAAAGAAAAAUAAGGAUUCCAAAACAACAAUGUCCACCGUAAAUACUGCACUGAGUGAAAUAUUGAAUAGCACGAAGAACCUAGAAGAUAUUUGCCACAAGGUCUACUGCACUGCAAUGGUUGUUAACAAUAUACUGCAAACACCGACAGUAACGGAAACACAAAGGACACACCAACAGAGAAAAUCCCCGUGGGAGGAAAGAUUGGAAAAGAAAAUCAAAAUCCUACGGAAGGAAAUAGGAAUCCUUCAUUCUUACCUGAAGGAGGAGGAAGUUAGCAAAAAGGUAAUCAGACAAGUGCAGUGCUAUUCAAGAAGAUUAAAACUGAAAAGGAAAGAUGCUCAGUACAAACAACAGCUAGUGAUUCAUAUGGAGACCUUAAAGCAAAAACUGGCAAUCCUGGGCAGCAGAUUGAGAAGAUACCAUAAAAGAACUAAGAGAUACCAUCAAAAUAAUCAAUUCAACACCAAUCAAAAAAGUUUCUUCAAAGAUUUGGGAGAUCACCAUAGAACCCAGCAAGAAUCUCCGAAAGCAGCUGAUCCUGAACUGAAGGAAUUCGAAAAAUACUGGUCUAACAUAUGGUCAGAAGGGAAAAGCCACAACACCAAAGCCACAUGGAUAGAAAGUGAAAAAGAAAUACAUGCAAAUCUAUCUGAAAUGCAUUCGGUCGUCAUCAUCGAGGAAGAUGUAGCGAUGACAGUCAAAAGAAUGAAAAACUGGACAACGGCUGGAAUAGACAAUAUUCAUAAUUAUUGGUGGAAAUACUUACCGUCCACUCAUGGGGUUUUGGCGCGGCUUUUGAAUGCAGCUUUGGAAAACCCGGAAAAGAUCCCAAAAUUCCUCACACAAGGCACGACGUACAUGAUCUUCAAAAAGGGAGAUCCUUCCAAACCUGAAAACUACAGACCGAUCACGUGCCUUUCUUCUGCUUAUAAAAUACUUACCUCAACGGUCGGUCACAAGGUCCGGAUUCACCUGAAAAAUAAUAAACUGUUAGCCUGGGAACAAAAUGGCUGCAGAAAAGGUGGCAGAGGCAGUAAGGAGCUUUUGGUAAUUGAUAAUAUAAUCACCAAACAGGCGAGAAAAAAGAAAAAAAAUAUCUCCAUGGCCUGGAUAGAUUACCAGAAGGCAUUUGACUCUGUGCCUCACACUUGGCUGCUCGAUAUCCUGAAGAUAUACAAGGUAAACCCACAGGUGAUUUCAUUGUUCCGCUCCCUGAUGUCAACGUGGUGUACCUCACUUAAUCUUGAAGGAACAUCAAAUUCGCACAAAACAACCUCAAUAACUAUUAGAAGAGGUAUAUUCCAGGGAGACGGCUUCAGCCCAUUGUGGUUUUGUCUCGCCCUAAACCCCUUAAGUGGUAUGUUAAACAGAUCGUCCUACGGAUACUCAUUAGACCAGAGUAGAAAGCUCACUCAUCUUUUCUAUGUAGACGAUCUUAAAUUGUUCGCUAGAGGCCGACAGCAAUUGGAAGGGGAGCUUGAGUUGGUGAGAGGGUUCAGCGAAGAUAUUGGGAUGAUAUUUGGUCUGGAUAAAUGUGCAACGAUCAGUGUGAGGCGAGGGAAACUAGAACGUGAAGAAAAUAUGGUGUUGAUAGACGGACAAGUGUUACCAACUUUGGGGACAGAAGAGAGGUAUAAAUAUCUGGGCGUCCAGGAGACAUAUGAGAUGAGACAGAGAGAGAAUAAGGAAGAAGUCGAGAAGGAGCUAUUUACUAGAAUAAAGAAAGUUUUAAAUACACAACUUUCAGCUAAGAACAAGAUAACCGCUAUCAAUAUCUGGGCAAUACCGGCUUUCAUAUAUACCGCUGGAGUACUCACCUGGUCUCGGACGGAUCUGGAGCGUCUAGACAGGAAGGCUAGAACCACCUUGACACACUAUUGUGUGCUCCACCCAAAUUCAGCUAUAUAA